UGGGCAGUGUCGCCAGGAAGGGGUGCACGUUUUGCAGGACACAUACAACUCAGGGCUGGAGCGGGAGUCCUGCCGACUCCUGGGCUGCCGAGAAGGCGAGAGGUGGGCUUCCGUCUCUGUGCCCUAAAUUGAGGGAGUCAAUCCCAGGUUGGGUAGCUCUCGCACCUACCCGGAGUCCGGGGCUGGAGGACACCCACUGCCCACUACCGCCCGGAGACCUGCAGCCAGCCGGCACGCCUGGUAACCGAGCGCCCACAGCUGACCGGGGGUCGCGCCCCAGAGGUCACCUUCCUAUCAUCCCCGCCCCUAGCCCACUGCGUCCCGGCUGCGGCUGGACCGGGACCGCCAGGAGGCAGGGGGAGGGGCGGGAGGUGGAGAGAGGGGCUCAUUAACAGCGCUGACCCGGAGCAAAACUGCAAACCGAAUCGACCUCAGGCAGGGCACUGGGUGAAGUCUCGCGCCCCGGCGGUAGCACUUUGGCAUUUUUCGAGAUCCCUGAGCCUGGACUUUGCCUGUUGGGGGAGCUUUUUGAACAGUCCCGCAGCCCGGCGCCCAGCGGCGGAGCAGCCUCUGCGGCGCACUCCCGCCCCCGCCCUUGCACGUGACUCCCACCGGCCAGUCAGCGCCGGCGAGCAGGAGCGCAGGGGCGAGGGGACCCGCGCCGCGGGCUGGGGGACUCGGAGGCGGCCGGCACAGUGGCUGCGAGCUGCCCAGCUCCUGGGACGCCCAGGCGAGCGCGCGCCGGCCCUCCAGGAAGCUCAAGCCCCGGCAGGGCUGCGGCUGCAGCGAGGAGAGGAACCGGCCCGGCGCUCGCAGCCUGCGCGCCAGGCCGCGGGCGUCCUGCGUACCGUGCACAGCCUCGGCCCGGCGGGCCCCGAAGGCCCGAGCCGCUCUGCCCCGCGUCGCCGCCCCCCAGGCACUCGGGACCUCCAGGCCCUGGGGUGGACUCGGCCCCUCCUCCGCCACCUCCGGGAAGAACCAAAAUUUCACUUUGGGAUUUUCCUGAGUAAACAAGAGCCUAGAGUCUUUUGCCCAAUGCUGGAUUUAAUACGUAUAUGUUUUUGAGGGAUUUGUUUUUUUUUCAUUUGAUUUUUGAUCUUCGUUUUUUGUGACAACCCCUCACCUUUACAUUAUUAUUAUUAUUAUUAUUAUUAUUUUCUCUCCCUCGUUGCAUCUUGGCCCGCGACUGAGAGAGGACGCAGGAGCCGAGAGCUCGCGGGGGCGAUGUACCAGAGCCUGGCCAUGGCCGCCAACCACGGCCCGCCUCCCGGGGCCUACGAGGCGGGCGGCCCCGGCGCCUUCAUGCACAGCGCGGGCGCCGCGCCCUCGCCCGUCUACGUGCCCACGCCGCGGGUGCCUUCGUCCGUGCUGGGCCUGUCCUACCUCCAGGGCGGAGGCGGCGGCGCUGCGUCCGGAGCCACCGGGGGCGGCAGCUCCGGGGCGGCCCCAUCGGGGGCCGGGCCGGGGAGCCAGCAGGGCAGCCCCGGCUGGAGCCAGGCGGGAGCCGAGGGGGCCGCCUACACCCCGCCGCCCGUGUCUCCGCGCUUCUCCUUCCCGGGAACCUCCGGGUCCCUGGCGGCCGCCGCCGCCGCCGCCGCGGCCCGGGAAGCUGCGGCCUAUAGCGGCGGCGGCGGGGCGGCGGGCGCGGGCCUGGCGGGCCGCGAGCAGUACGGGCGCGCCGGCUUCGCGGGCUCCUACUCCAGCCCCUACCCGGCCUACAUGGCCGACGUGGGCGCAUCCUGGGCCGCGGCAGCUGCCGCCUCGGCCGGUCCCUUCGACAGUCCGGUCCUGCACAGCCUGCCCGGCCGGGCCAACCCCGCAGCCCGACACCCCAAUCUCGUAGACAUGUUCGAUGACUUCUCAGAAGGCAGAGAGUGUGUCAACUGCGGGGCCAUGUCCACCCCGCUCUGGCGGCGCGACGGCACCGGGCACUACCUGUGCAACGCCUGCGGCCUCUACCACAAGAUGAACGGCAUCAACCGGCCCCUCAUCAAGCCCCAGCGCCGGCUGUCCGCCUCCCGCCGAGUGGGCCUCUCCUGCGCCAACUGCCAGACCACCACCACCACGCUGUGGCGCCGCAACGCCGAGGGCGAGCCCGUGUGCAACGCCUGCGGCCUCUACAUGAAGCUCCACGGCGUCCCCAGGCCCCUUGCAAUGCGGAAAGAAGGGAUUCAAACCAGAAAACGGAAGCCCAAGAACCUUAAUAAAUCUAAGACACCAGCAGGUCCCUCGGGCAGUGACAGCCUCCCGCCCGCCAGCACUGCUUCCAGUAACUCCAGCAGUGUGGCCACCAGCAGCAGUGAGGAGAUGCGCCCCAUCAAGACAGAGCCCGGGCUGUCGUCCCACUACGGGCACAGCAGCUCCAUGUCCCAGACGUUCUCUGUCAGUGCGAUGUCCGGCCACGGGCCCUCCAUCCACCCGGUCCUCUCAGCCCUGAAGCUCUCCCCACAAGGCUACGCGUCUUCUGUGAGCCAGUCGCCGCAGGCCAGCUCCAAGCAGGACCCUUGGAACAGCCUGGCCUUGGCUGACAGUCAUGGGGACAUAAUCACCGCAUAAUGUCACCUCCUUCCCCCCUCAGAUUCCUGCACGGACUUGGGACUUGGAGGGCAGCAGAGGCGAGGCUCCGGGCUCCCGGGCGCCGGCCUGCUCUGUCUGGGAAUGACUCCGGAAGAACAGCUGGGAAGAAACUUGAAGUUGCUGAUUUGGUUAAGGGGAAGCAAACGUUGAAUUUUGUCAGAUGCCUUGUCAAGGUUGGGGACAGCGAAGCCCAGCUUCUGGUCUGGGAGGGGCCCCCCUUCCCUGCAGCGCACCCGAGUCCCUCGGGCUGAGUUAGAUACCUCCUCAGUUCCCACCCACCCCGCCCCUACAAAAGAGGAUCCCCCGUCUCCCACCCAUGGCCUGAGAUGGCGGCUUGUCCAUGGCUUCCCCAUCUCUGGGCCUGAGGGCAGGUGGAGAGGCAGGGCCCUGGGGCCCCUGCUCUGGCCUGAACCAGGGCGUCCGUGACACUCCUGGGCUUGCCACGCACGCCCUAGGUCCGCACACCCCGCAUCCCUCUAUGCCAGAUCUUGACUCCCGAACCUCUGGUGUGGCGCCCAUGUUGCUGAAUGCUUCCUGGGGGUGGAGGAGGGGCCGCCCCUCCCGCCCCAGUGUGGCUUCUGCAGAACUGCAGCUUGGCCCCUGGCUUCCCCUGGCUCCUAACCCCAGCUGACGCCCUCAGCCCUCUGCUCCUCUCUACACACAAGGCCUUAAAAAUAAAAACCCCUCCCACUGCUCUGAGUGACGCAGCUCUGCCUCCUGCUUGAACAUGUCUCCCUCCCAGCAAAACGAGUGCUGGCAGUUCGAACCGAACAGCAGCCCCCCACCAAGAUCCUUUCUCCACCCGGUCACACCCAGGGGCUUCUGAGUAAGAACAAACUACUGCUGCUGCUAAAGCAUGUUGGACAAACACUCAUCUAGGACUAAAGAUCCUUCUGGAGGGGAUGUCUGGUGGACACCGUCCCCGGGGCUGGGGCCAGCACUCUCUGGGGGCAGGGACUUCCCAUGGACUCUGGCUCACCUGUGCUCGGAUCUCCUGACGCCGCUGUUGUUCCACAGAGAUGUGCCUCUCGGUCAGACGGCAGGCCAAGUCCGUCCAAGGGGUGCAGAGGGCCUGUGCCCACAUCCCCUCCCCAGCAGAAAUCUUUUGUCCAGAAGGCAAAAAGCUAGGGAUUUAGCAACAUAAAUUCAAAGCAAACAAAUGCAACAAAACAAAACUCAUGGAAAGACGACAACCAAGAAGAGAAGAUGCUGAGGGAGGGCCUCAAGGGAGCCCGGCUCUGUGCCUUUCUGGAAAUGGCCUUCUUCUCCUGGCUGUGUUGCUCUUUCUGCCCAGGGUGCCGGGGCUCACAAGGACCUCCUCUUCCUGGUCCUCGUCAUCAACAGAGCUGUCGCUGACUGUGGCCUUACUACAUCCUCCCCCCAAACACCCAGCCGCCCACCCCAAAAUCCUGGCUGUAGCAGAGAAUGUUUCUAAACCAAGAUUCUGUUUUAAUCAUUUAUAUUGCUUUCUUCCAUGAAGGCCACCCUCAUAUUCCUUCCCUAACCACGAACCUGUUAACAUUGUCUUAAGGUGAAAUGGCUGUAAAAUCAGUAUUUAACUAAUAAAUUUAUCUGUACUA